ACAGCGCCAACUUCAGUGCUUAAUGCUGACGUAUGGUCGGCUCACACGGAAUUUUGUAAAAAACGUGGUAAUUGAGCGGCUAUAACAAAUAAAACUGCAAGACUAUCAUUUGUGGACGAAUCAGUCAGUACAACGGAUCGUAACAGUCAUGGUAAAUGUGAAUGUCGAUAACUUGGUUAAAAUUUGUCUACCUAUGUUCAUUGGAAUAGCCUUACGCUCAUCUACCAGUUUACACCCAUAUUCCGGCGAAAAUAAACCACCCAUGUAUGGUGACUAUGAAGCUCAACGUCAUUGGAUGGAAAUCACCGUUAAUUUACCAUCCGCAGAAUGGUAUAUCAACUCAACACAUAAUGAUUUAAAUUAUUGGGGGUUAGAUUAUCCACCUGUUACGGCAUAUCAUAGUUGGCUGAUGGGUAAACUAGCUAAUAUAAUUGACCGUGAUUGGGUUCAGUUGUACACAUCGAGGGGUUUCGAAUCUAAAGAGCACAAAUUGUUUAUGCGUUAUACUGUACUGGUAGCUGACUUAUUGUUUUUUAUACCUUCUGUAUUACUGUAUUUUUAUUAUGUUCUGCCUAGCAUUAUGAAUAAUAAGUCACAAAUUAGUGGAUUUUAUUCAGCAUGCCUAACAUUAACUUAUCCUGGUCUUAUAUUGAUUGACCAUGGACACUUCCAAUAUAAUUGUAUCAGUCUUGGUUUAUAUUUGAGCGGAAUUAAUUUCCUCCUCCUAGAGUGGGAUAUGCUCGGUUCUAUAUUAUUUUGUUUAGCCAUAGGUUAUAAACAAAUGGAACUAUAUCAUGCGUUGCCAAUUUUUUUCUUUUUAUUAAGCAACUGUAUUUACAGAAAAUCUGUGCGCAGUGGAAUAACACAUCUAGCUAGACUGAGCUGUGUCGUUUUCUUGACAGUAUUUUUGAUAUUUGCACCGUUUUUACUAACAACCGAUUUGAAUCUUUCAUUUCAAGUCGUCCGACGUUUAUUUCCGUUUGAUCGCGGUAUUUACGAAGAUAAAGUAUCUAAUUUUUGGUGUGCUACAUCACCGCUAGUAAAGUGGCGUUCACUUCCUACGUCAUCCUUAACCUUAUCGUCUACUAAACUGGUGUGGGUUAGUGUCCUGCUCGUACUGACUACAUGCCUUCCAUUUUGUAUAGUUUUAUUGAAGAAGUCUAAAAACCAAAAAUUUCUGAUUUCUCUAGCACUAUGUGCGUUAAAUUUCUACCUAUUUUCCUUCCAAGUUCAUGAAAAAUCAAUUUUGUUAGUGUCUAUCCCUGCUUUGUGUUUGCUACCUUUUUAUCCCAUAUCGUCAUUUUUGUUCUCUUUAUGCUCUACUCUUAGUAUGUGGCCAUUAUUUAAAAAGGACGGUUUACAAUUGGCUAGUUUAUGUUUAACAUGUAUACAUACCAUUCUAGGCUGUUUUAUAAUACUUAAAAGUAACAAUAGUGAUAAACAUGUUGCUGAGAAAAAGAAAUUACAAAAUAGUGCUACCAGUAAUAAUAUCAUCUCUAUAUUUAUCAUUCUUUUUAUUCUUAUUGGCUAUAGUAUCUUGAUUAUCGGUGACUUACUGAAUAAACCUCCUGUAGCAUAUCCCGAUUUAUUUCCUUUGUUACUUUCUAUGUACUCCUUCACGCUGUUUUUCUUAUUCAUGCUCUAUUGGCAGUUAGAAGUUAUUUUUAUGUAAAACUUUGUGUUUAGUUAUGUUUCUAAGAAAAAUAUAUGUUCAUGAA